UAAUAAUUUGUUUUGGGUUUUUAGCUGAAGAUACCGUUAGUGUUUUCCAGGAAAACUUCCUCACAGACGUUCUUCAUUUUCCCGAACUGUCCUGCACAAAGGCAGCUGAUUACUGCAGUUUGACUUUGGUCCUUCUGCAGUUCUGCAUCCAGUCCCACUGACUGACUAAUGUCAACCAAUCACAGAGGAAAGAGGGAAGACCGCAUUCUACAUCUCAGAUGAACAGGAGAGACUGGUGAUCCGGAAUGGAGGAUUUCAGGCGGACGUACCUGCGUCUGUGUAAGGAAGGAGGAGUGGAGCCUCAGGAGGGUGUUGUGGCUCAGCUCCAGGAGAACAGGGCUGCUCAGGGCUCCAGACUGGACCUGAGUGGACAGAGCCUGUCUGCAGAUACCUGCUCUGUGCUGGCCAGGGCUUUUCAAAAAGAUACCGUCUUCACAGAGGUGUCACUCAGCGACUGCAUGCUCAGCGAGGAAGGUGCCAAAGUACUGCUGACUGGACUGUUUGACAACACAACUGUAAGAGUUCUGGAUCUGAAGGGGAAUAACUUGAGAUCCAAAGGGGCUGAAGUGUUGGGAAAGCUGCUGGCACGUAACAAGACUCUGCGGAGGCUGGUGUUGGAGUGGAACGCCUUGGGGGUGUGGGACGAAGCCUUCUCACUCUUUUGUGAGGGUUUGGCCUCCAACAGUGCGCUGACACAGCUGGACCUGCGCAACAAUCAGAUCAACCACCACGGAGCAUCCGAGCUCGCUCUGGCACUCAAACGCAACACCACCGUGGAAGUGCUAGAUCUGAGGUGGAACAACAUUGGUCUGCUGGGUGGCAGAUCUCUGCUGGAGGCUCUGCAGAAGAACAAGAGCGUGGUGCAGCUGGAGAUGGCAGGGAACAACAUACCUAGUGACACACUCAAAGCACUUGAGCAGACCACAGGGCACAACUCAGACAGACAGUCCACCAUGAGGGAAAACCACAACAGAAGCCAGGUCCUCAGCAGGGAGAUUUAUACACUAAAGGAGGAGAAAGGCCGACAGUUCUUAAACCUGAUGGAAACCAUUGACAGACAGAGGGAGGAGAUGGGACGCUCCAGCAGGUCCACCUCCAUUCAGAUUGGCCAACUCCAGGAAGCUCUGAAUGACAGGAAGUCAGCUGUCAACUCUCUCACUGCCAAACUGCAGAUGACAGAGGCUGCCCUUACCCUCUCGGAGCAGAAAAACCACAACAUGGGAGAGCUGCUGACACGAGUAAAGGCUGAGAAAGAAGAGCAGAGGGAACGACAGAGCAGAGAGAGGAAGAAAGAGCAAGAGGACAGCACACUCAGAGAGGGAAAACUACUCAGAGAGAUCCAAAACCUGACAGAAACCAACGGCCAGCUCAGGAAUAAGGUGGAGGAGAUGGAGCGCAGAUGUAAGUCUCAGCAGCAGCAGAUCUUUGAGCUGAAGCAGGAGCUGACCAACAGCACAGCAGAGCUAAAGCUGCGGCUAGCACAGGCAGACGACCGCCUGGAAAUAGAGAAGCGAAGGUCCAAGCAAGCUCUGGAGGACAUGGAUGGUCUGCGCCAGAAGGAGGUGGAGCAUCUGAAUCGACAUCUAGAAGAGAGUGAGAGAGCUCAGCAGGAACGCAUCUUCAAACUGGAGGGACAGCGGAUACAGCUGGAAGAGGAACUUAGCAAAGCUAAAGCAGCCUGUGUGACCGAAAGGGCCCAGGCAGAGGAGGAACUGGGAAGAGUGCGAGCACAAGUGCGUCUGGAGGAGGCGGAGCAUGUGUCAUCCUUGGAAGAGAAGCUUCGUUUGGUGCGUUCCUCCCUGCAGGAGGCCCAGCUCCACGCCUCCCAGCAGAAGCAGACCAUCUCUGAGCUGCAGGUGAAGAACAGCCAGCAGAGCGUCGAGAUGGACGGUCUACGGCGCCGAAUAGAUGAGCUCCAGCAGGAGCUGUCAGGGAAGGACCAGGAGAAGGUGGCUGAGGUGAGCCGGGUGAGGGUGGAGCUGCAGGAGCAGAUUGGACAUUUACACGCAGAGAGGACGGCACAGGGAGGACUCAAAGAGAAGAUCAGUGCUCUAGAGAGAGAGAUUAAAGUACUGAACAGUAACCACAGAGAGGUGCUCCUGGACAAAGAGAGCGAGAUGUCUUCCAUGCUGGAAAAGUUGCGUCUGAAAGAGGCAGAGAUCCAGAGGAUGAGGGAGGAUGCGGCGCAGAGAGCCAGCUACUUGCAGAGCGCCAUCCUCACCUACGUCCAGGGGUCCCCUUUGGGACACUACAGCAGCCCCAAGAAAUGACCCAGAGGCUUCAGCCUCUCAGCUGUAACCUCUGAGCCCUCGCUGGGUUCCUGAACAGCUCAGGACAGUCUGAAGGAUUAAUAGAAAUCCUAACAGUCUGGACAGAAAAGACUGGAAAAUCAGGAGUGAACAGUAACAUUGGAGAGAUAAUUGGUGGAGCACAGGAUGGCUGUGAUCAUACCUAACACAAUGCGCAGAUCCAGUCUAGAAAUUAAGGGGUUAAAAAGUCUGUAAUUUUAAAAGCAAAAUUGUAGGAAUCUUGUUGUUACUCCCAGUUAGUGCACCUCAUCAGUACAAACCUCACUUCUAUAAAACACUUUAUCUGGAGGUGAAAGUGAGCACAUCUUAAAUGUCUCUGUGUCAAAACUAAAGCAGGAAGUGGCUCUGUAAACAACAUUUUCACUGCUUCCAGACCUCUCUAUCACUACCACACUCGCUGAUUUAUUUAGUGAUUGAAAUAGGUGUGUUGUUGUGCUUAAUAGCAGCUGUUUCCACAAUUGGGAGAAUAGUUUCAAUAAUCAGAGGUUUGGAGGCGGGAUUAAGAAUGGGAAUGACGUCUUCCUACAGAUGCUAAUUGCUUAGCUAUGUCACAAAAAUGGCCACAAACAUACAGACAGCUUUACAAGUUUGCUUUGCAAUUUUCUUAGUGGGUCUGUCUGUCUGUCUGUCCAUCCAUUGAUCCAGUCCCACACUUUGGUGCUUAGCUUGACAACACACAGUCUACAGAGUCUACAACCAUGCUAGUGGCAGCCAUGCUAAAAGCUAAUAUUUGCCAAUUACCAAAGAGCAAAGAACAGCUUAGACCAAUGGAAAUGCCAUUAGUUUUGCAGCCAUUUGGUCAUGAACCAGUGUAUUGGACACAGUGAGACUUGGACCUGGGAUGAAAGGUCAGAGGAUGAGAUUUAUGGCAAUCCAUCAAAUGGUUGUUGGCAUAUUUCAGUGUGGACCAAAGUGGUGGAGCAACCGACCGACAGAUGUUACCUUCCCUAGAGCCAGGCUGCUAGCAAGGCUAACAACUACUGGCCUGAGAUCCAUGACAUUUGGUGUGGAGAACAAAUAUUACAUACUAGAUGUCUUCAUAUACAUUUCUAGACCUUUAGAUAAAUUUAUCACAUGCUCUUCAGGGGACCAACAACCCUGUGACCUUUCAUCUGUCUCCAACUUCAGGGCUACAUUUCCAUUUUUAGCCGACUACUUGUAAAAUCAUUUGAAUAGCUCAACACUUGUAAGUCAUUUAUUGAGUCCAACACUUUCAUGUUGUUAGUUGCAAUGAACACUUCAGCCUCUAGGGGUUGCUACCAGUGCAUUAGACUUUUGCCCUUUUUUCUUUUUUUUUUUUUUAAACCAAGCGUUUGCCAGCUGAAUGAGAUUAAUACCAGUUUCAAAACAACAUGUUUUAUCUCUUUUUGGGGUCUAGUGUCAGUUUUAGUUCCCCAAUAAUAGAGUGAUGGUCCAUUGUUUCGAUAUAUAUGUUAUUUAUCCUCUCCUAAAUGAAGGAGUGACACAAUAAACAUGAAAAAGAAGAAAAAGGGUCAAAACAACAGUUCUUUCUACCUUGAUAAUCAAAAUGUCUAAAUUGUAAGUGCUUUUGCAUCUUCAUUAUAGUCUUGUCUUAUUUUAAGAGAAGCUCCUGCUGGACAUGAGACCAAACUGCUGUCGAAAAGGACAUUUUAUUUCCUAUGAUCACAGAGCUGUUUUACAUGUACCAUGCCAAAUAAUGUCCACUCUGCAUGUUUGUCUUUAGCCCUCCCAUCAGCUGAAAUGAACUGUAAGUCAUCACUUGUAUGUGUUUUCGCUGUCCAGCCCAGUUCUGUUGUAUUCAUUCUAGUUCACCUCCUAAAUGAAUUGAAGGCUGUGUAGCAUCAUUAGUGUUUACAUACAAAAUGGGAUUUAGUCCAAGUAUGCCUUAAUAUUAUAUCAGUCAUACCAGAUGGCUGCCCCGCUCCAGCUCAGACUCUUGAUGCAGUCUUUUAUAACACAAAUGACUGUUUUAUAUCUUGACUUUGUCUCAGAUAUGUGAUGAAUAUGAAUAUUUGUCAUUUUAUUUUUUCAGGUGUGUUUUUACCAUUUUGCUGUUUUUGUUGACAUGUGUUUAUAUAUAUAUAUGUGUGUGUGUGUGUGUGUGUGUGUGUGUGUGUGUGUAUAAAAUGUAGUCAUUU